CAACAUCAAUAGAUAUCAUAUAGUGAAGCGGCUAGGGUUUUCCCAAACCCCUUUCUGCGUUCGGUCGUCGCAAUGCCGCAAGGAGAUUAUAUUGACCUUCAUCGGAAGCGCCAUGGCUACCGCCCCGACCAUUUCGAGCGCAAGCGCAAGAAGGAGGCCCGCGAGGUCCACAAGCGGUCUGCUUUCGCUCAGAAGGCGCUGGGGAUUAAAGGAAAGAUGUUUGCGAAGAAGCGGUAUGCGGAGAAGGCGUUGAUGAAGAAAACCCUUGCUAUGCAUGAGGAAUCAUCAACUAGGCGCAAGGUGGAUGAUAAGGUUCAUGAUGGAGCUAUUCCUGCUUAUCUGCUUGAUCGUGACACAACAACACGUGCUAAGGUUUUGAGCAACACUAUCAAACAAAAGAGAAAGGAAAAGGCUGGUAAAUGGGAGGUUCCUUUGCCAAAAGUUAGACCAGUGGCAGAAGAUGAGAUGUUCCGGGUAAUUCGAUCUGGAAAGCGCAAAAGUAAGCAAUGGAAGAGAAUGGUCACCAAGGUUACAUUUGUUGGACCAGGAUUUACCAGAAAACCCCCCAAAUACGAACGUUUUAUCCGCCCCAUGGGCUUGAGAUUUACCAAGGCUCAUGUGACACACCCGGAGCUGAAAUGCACUUUUAACCUUGAAAUAAUUGACAUAAAGAAAAAUCCAAAUGGUUCUAUGUACACCUCGUUGGGGGUUGUGACCAAGGGAACCAUUAUUGAGGUGAAUGUCAGUGAGCUCGGUUUGGUUACUCCGGCUGGAAAAGUUGUUUGGGGAAAAUAUGCUCAAGUCACGAAUAAUCCAGAGAACGAUGGCUGUAUAAAUGCGGUUUUACUUGUUUAACCGCAAUAAAUGACUGAUAAAUUUUCCCAAAAAUGAUACUAAUCAGUGUGACCAUGGUGGCCUGACUCUGGAUGGAUGGUUUAAGCGCGGUCAUUGCAUGAGUUCUUUCUCAGGCGACUGGAUUUUGUAGGCAAUCUAUCUUGUAUUUCUGUUCUCUAUUAUGUUUCUUAAUUUUUUUUUUUUUAUAUAUAAUUUUAAACCCUUUUUGAAGAUUUGUGAUUCACUGUAGAACGUUCGGUUAUGAAGAGCUUUGGCUUCACACUGAAGUUUAUUUUGCCA